AUGCCUUCUGCAUCCAAGUCCAAGUCGAAAGACAGAUCAGCUGCAAAAGUUGCAAAAGAGCAACCCAAGGUUGCUGCAAAGCCAAUGGGAAAUGGUACGCUUGCAAGUUCUUAUAGCAACCUCUCUGGAAAGUUCCAUGUUCUGGAACCAUCAGCCUCUUUGUUGGGUAGCCAAGGCAUCGAUAAAUUCAGGAAUACAGAUGAAAUAGAUGAGCAUUCUCGCAGCUCCCAUGGUACAGGGGAUUUUGAUUGUGCGUCCAACAAUGGUAGCUGCUCUGGUGAGUCAGAAGAUCCAAAGGAAAAACCAACCAGUACCGCGUCUUGGGUAGACUCUGUUCCUGGAUGUGAUAUUGAUAAACGCGAGAAGAUCAGACAGAAAAAUGAGAAGAAGCAUCAAAGGCAGAAGGAGAGGCGUGCCCAAGAAUUGCACGAGCGUUGUAAGGGAUACCUUAUGUCCAGAAAAUUGGAGGCACUUGCACAGAAGCUUGUUGCGAUGGGUUUCUCAGCAGAUCAAGCAACGAUGGCCCUUAUACAGAAUGAGGGUUGCGUUGAGGAAUCUGUUACCUGGCUCUGCAACUUUGAUGGCAGUGAGGAAGCUAAGCAACAACUUGCAGCUGAUCAACAGUCUGGAGCUAACUUGAAGAUUGAUAUAGCCGAUGAGCUUUCAAAGAUUGUGAGCUUGGAGGCAAAAUAUAAGUGUACAAAGCAAGAAGUUGAAAGAGCAGUUGUUUCCUGUGAAGGUGAUCUAGAAAGGGCUGAGGAGGUCUUGAAGACACACAAACAAGAAUCAACUGCAGUCCCACCAAAGCCUGAGGGAUCUGGCGAUUCAAGUGGCUUGCCUAACAAGCAGCAAGUUGUACUUGCACAGAACCCUGUAAGGCCUCAAACAAAUGGAUUUUCAUCAGUAGGAUCUCAGCAGAUGAGAAGAGAGGAGAAGGACAUAAACUAUAAGCUUUUGAUGAAUGGUAGUGGUCCAAAGGAACCUGCAAUUAAAGGUUUUCAGCCACUGGUAACACCAAUUAAGCCAGAUUUGGGCCGUCAGCAAUUUGUUCAACCUGAGAAGAGACGUCUCAAUCCCAACUCGAUUCCGUCAGUUCCUUAUGUGGCAUCGUCUCCUUUGCCUGUUGCAGUGCCACAACUGAAGUCAGACAUGCGGCAUGUGGCAGGAACCAAUGAGGUGAAAAGUUCAAUGCCCAAUGGAAGCUUGCGAGAGUCAGUAAUUGUAAUGCAGCGUCCUCAAUCUGAAGGUACCAAGCAGAGCCUACCAUCCACUAGCCAUAGUAUGUUUGCGGCAGAACAAUCUGCGAGGGAUUGGUUCUUAAAUGGCACAUCAGGCGUGGAUAUGAUGUUGAAUGGGGGCUUAGGUCAUGGACUAAGGAAUAUGAGUUUGGACAGUGUUAGUUCUGCCAGGUUGUUUGGACAUGCAAACCAUCAACAAAGUUUUGUUUCUAAUCCUAUAGAGCUGGCUGCGAAUGGUUGGGGUGGCACCUGGAGUUCUGGAGGUACAUCAUCUUCCCGUUCUGUGGCGUCAUCACUCGGGGCAUUUAGAGGGUGGAAUUCAUCUGAGUCGUCCUCUGCAUUGCCUCAUUCUGAUUGGAGAACCAAUGGGCCAGCACCUUAUGACUACACCUCAGUAGACUGGAGCAUCGACACAACGUUAUUGAACCCAGCAGCAAAGAGCGAGCGGCUGUCGGACACAUGGUCAACCAUGUUCAUGGGUGGCAGAUCAACAAGGACACCUGGGAACCUCAGUGGUGCAGGCAUCGCUGGGUUGCAUGACAGUAACCAUCCAAUGGAUCCUGCUCCAUCACCUCGUCCAUAUGAGUGGCCUACUUUCUGCAGGGGAGGAUCUUCCUAG